AUGAACAAUAAUGUCUCCGCCUUGAACUCGAAACAAGCAACUGGACAGACAAACCACUCCAGAGCUUUUUCUACAUACGAUACCGAAAUAUCCUCGAAUCUCGAAAGCAUUAGAUACAUCUCAGAACCGCCGCGAUUCCAAGGCGCAAUGGUUGCCUCCAGUAAAGCGCCUGUCUCCGUGGCAGUUGACCCCGUCGCCCUGAUCACCACGGAAUGCAUCACCGUCACGUCUGCCAUGCGCAAGCAUGCCCGGUGGGCGCACUCGUCCGUCUCUGCCAUCCUUGGGGGUAGCUCUAGCCCAUUGAAUCCGAGCUUACAGAAACCCCGCCCAUCAACGCCGGGAGACGAGAUUGGGAGAGGAAAGGUGGGCAAGAAUCGUUCGUCCUCCGGCUUCAUAGAUGCAGAUGAUGGGGGGUUAGCGAAUCGAUGGGGGCUGAGGGGAAAGAAGGGGAAGAGCAUGCAGGAUAAUCCGCUAAUGGCUGGGUUUGGGAGGCUGAGGCGCGAGUUGACGGGGUGUAAAGGUAAGAGCACAACCAGCCAAGAGAGCUACCAGCUUAAAAGUCAAGUAAUGGGAUGUUGUAUUGAUGGGGAAGCAGAUAUACAUAAGUUCGAUACGCCCUCGUUGCUGCAUCCUUUCCUGCAGGUCAUCCAAGCUCCUGCGACAUCUGCGCCCAUUACCUCCCUCGCUCUCGUGGCCAUCACCAAGUUCUUCUCAUAUAACCUUAUAAGUCCUGACUCUCCACGCCUACCGCUGGCGAUGCAGUCCUUAUCUGCAGCGAUCACGCACUGCCGAUUCGAAGCUAGCGAUUCUGCGGCGGAUGAGAUUGUGUUGCUGCGUAUAUUGAAGCUUAUGGAGGGCAUGUUGUCUGGACCAGGCGGGGAUCUCUUGAGCGACGAAAGCGUGUGCGAAAUGAUGGAGACAGGACUGAGCAUAUGCUGUCAAGCCAGGCUCUCAGAGCUGCUCAGAAGAUCUGCGGAAAUAUCCAUGAUUAGGAUGACCCAAGUCAUUUUUGAGCGGUUAAAACACCUGGAGAUCGAGGCUGGGGAUGAGCUAGAUGCACUGGACGAGAAGACCAAGGAAGAUAUGGACACAGUGAAGAUGGCCCCGUCGGCCAACAAGAACGAUGCUGUGAAAUCGUCUUUGGCGACUCCUCCAGAAGACGUGAGGCCGUCGUCGAGUUUCGAGAAGGGGAGGGCGCCGGAGACUUCGGCGUCGGCGUCUAUGGACAACGGGUCCGAGAUGGAAGUUGCGCCUGCUUCGGAGGCGUCUGAUGAAGCUCCUCCCAAGCCGUAUUCACUACCGUCGAUACGAGAACUGUUUCGAGUGUUGGUGGACUUGCUUGAUCCUCAUGAUCGGCAACAUGCUGAUACUAUGAGGGUGAUGGCAUUACGAAUUAUAGACGUUGCGCUGGAAGUUGCGGGACCGUCGAUCGCAAAGCAUCCUUCGCUGGCGAAUUUGGCUGAGGAUCGUUUAUGCAGAUAUCUGUUUCAGCUUGUUCGGUCAGACAACAUGGCAAUCUUACACGAGUCUCUGGUUGUGGCUGGGACGUUACUGGCAACUUGCCGAGGCGUUUUGAAGCUGCAGCAAGAGCUGUUCUUGUCGUACCUGGUGGCGUGUCUACACCCACGUGUUGAUAUUCCCAGGGAACCAGGAAUCGAUCCUUCUCUUUACGCCGGGGUACCCCAAGCACCUAAGCUCGUCAAGCCGUCGCCUUCGCAGUCGAGUAGCGGGAGAUCAACCCCCGUACCUGUUAAAGACCGGCAAAAGUUGGGCAUGGAAGGCGGAUCCCGGAAACCGGAUGCUAGAGAAGCAAUGGUUGAGAGUGUGGGCGCAUUGACAAGGAUACCGAGCUACAUGGUAGAGCUAUUCGUUAACUACGAUUGCGAAAUCGACCGGAGUGACCUGUGUGAAGAUAUGGUGGGACUUUUGUCCCGAAAUGCUAUCCCAGACUCGGCAACUUGGAGCACGACCAGUGUUCCUCCGUUAUGUUUGGACGCUCUCUUGGGAUACAUCCAGUUCAUUGCCGAAAGGCUUGAUGAUGAACCUGUGACUGACGGGUACCCGGAUCAGAAAGCGCUACGAGAGAAGCGGAGGAGGAAGAAGAUUGUUAUCACGGGUGCUGGGAAGUUUAACGAGAGUCCGAAGGCUGGACUUGCUUACCUCCACGCUCAAGGUAUCAUUGAUGACCUGAAAGACGCGCAGCAGAUCGCCACGUUCCUGAAAGGUACUGCCCGUAUUUCGAAGAAGCAAUUCGGAGAGUUCAUUUCGAAGAAAGGCAAUGAGCCUAUCCUUGAAGCGUUCAUCGCCUCAUUUAACUUCGACGGAAAGCGAGUGGACGAAGCGCUCCGGGAAGUGGUAGAGAGUUGUCGCUUGCCAGGAGAGUCUGCCCUAAUCGAGCGAAUUGUCACAGUGUUUGCCGAGCACUACCACAAAAGCGAUAUACCCCAGCCAAUGGCGAAUCCAGAUGCCAUCUUCGUCUUGACAUAUGCCAUUCUCAUGCUGAACACUGACAGCUACAACCCUAAUCUCAAAAACGCAUCCCGUAUGACGGUGGAGCAAUUUGCCAACAACCUGCGUGGAGUCAAUGGUGGUGACAACUUCGAGCCUACGUACAUCCAAAGUAUCUACGACUCAAUCAAGGCAAAUGAGAUCAUUUUGCCAGAUGAGCAUGAUAAUAAACACGCCUUCGACUAUGCCUGGAAAGAACUGCUCCUCAAAACGGAGUCAGCUGGAGACUUGACGCUUUGCAAUACGAACAUUUACGAUGCAGACAUGUUUGCCGCCACCUGGAGACCUGUAGUUGCUACUCUCUCGUACGUGUUUAUGUCAGCCAGUGACGAUGCGGUGUUCAACAGAGUCAUUACGGGAUUCGAUCAAUGCACGCGUAUUGCUGUGAAGUAUGGACUUACAGAGGCCGUCGACCAAGUGGUGUACUGCUUGAGCUACAUCACUUCAUUGGCUACGGAGCUGCCAUCGAAUACUUCUCUCAACACCGAGAUUCAGGUAGGCGAGAACAGUGUUAUGGUUAGCGAACUUGCGGUAAAAUUUGGUCGGGACUUCAAGGCGCAAUUGGCCACAGUUGUGCUAUUCCGGGUUAUUACGGGCAGUGAGGCUAUCAUCGGCAAUAGUUGGAAACAUAUCGUCCGCAUCUGGGUGAAUCUCUUCGUCAACUCUCUCAUUCCACCUUUCUUUGCACCCAAUCGCUUAGAAAUUUCUCCUAUACCCCUACAGAGUCCCUCCCAGAUUAUCGACCGUGGCCAAAAGCCUAGCGAUGCUGGCCUUUUCUCAGCCCUCACGUCUUACAUUUCCAGUUAUGCUGCCGACGACCCGCCCGAGCCUUCUGACGAAGAGUUGGAGAGCACUUUAUGCACGCUAGACUGUGUCAACGCUUGCUAUAUUGGAGAUGUAUUUGCAAACGUUGUAAACAUGCCCGUCGAGUCUCUGAAACCGCUUAUCGAUGCAUUGCUUGCUCAACUCCCAGAUGAUCCCUCGUCAAUAGUAAUUAGCGUCAAAUCCGAGGCAGAUACACUGCCGGCAAACGGACAGAAAACAACGCAGAAUGGACCUGUCUAUGAUCCAGCCAUGGUCUACAUUUUAGAACUGUGCACAGUGCUCGCUCUCCGGGACAAGGAGACUGUCGCGGCUCUUGGUGCAGAUGUGGCCGAGGCGCUGCAGAACGUGAUGCGACACCCAUCAAGCUAUCAUUCCAUCAUGAUCUCAAGGACGAUGUUCUACCUGCUCCAUCUUUUGCACGCUAGCUACGAACAUGAAUUCCUCCGUGUCCCAGUUGUGCUUCACACGAUCUCGAGCUUCAAAAAAGAUCUUCUUGACAAGUCGGCGCCUCUAGUGCUCCAAGGAUUGGUGCAAUGCUUCAAAGAACCUGGACCUCUCAGAAACGAAAUUAUGACUUCUCCAGACUUCUGGGUCGUUCUGCGCAACCUGACAGGCAACGCCCAAUCCGCCCCAACAGUCUUUGAGAUUCUCGAGGGUGUUGCCGUCGGCUCACCGCCCACAAUAAUGGCAGACAACUACGAGUCCGCCGUCAAACUCCUCAACGACUUCGCAUCUGCCGGCAGCGUCGGCUCAACCGUCGAGCAAAAGCAAGACAAGCGCGCUAGGCGAGGGAAGCAACCAACGCCGAAGCAAGUCAAGCCGCAACAGCAGCCUCAAAUUGACGCCGCUGUUGCCCGAGGCGUGAAAGCAAUCACAAUGAUCUUCUCGCUCACAGCACGCAUACCAGUCCUGAUGCAGCAAUCCCACCUCGAAAGCAAGGAAGCGUGGGCCGCGUACUGGUCGCCUAUCUUCCACGCUCUGACGACGCAAUGCACGAACCCGUGUCGCGAGAUCCGGCACCAAGCUUUCUCUUCCCUCCAACGUGCCUUGCUCUCCCCAGAACUAACUCAGGGAGAGCAUGAUGAAUGGACGGCUAUCUUUGGGGAGGUACUAUUCCCGCUCAUCCUGAGGCUGUUGAAGCCGGAGGUCUAUAGCUCAGAUCCGGUAGGCAUGAGCGAGACUCGGGUGCAGGCCGCGACGCUGCUGAGCAAGAUCUUCUUGCACUACUUGACGUUGCUUGCACAGUGGGAGGGCAUGCUCGAUCUAUGGGGAAAGAUUUUAGAUAUCAUGGAUCGCUUGAUGAACAGUGGGCAGGGUGAUAGUCUGGAAGAAGCCGUCCUCGAGUCUCUGAAGAACAUCCUCCUCGUCAUGUCCAGCAGCGAGUACCUCGUCCCGCCAAGCAAGGACCCGUCGCAGGAGAAGCUGUGGGUUGAGACGUGGAAGCGCAUCGAUCGCUUCCUACCUGAUCUGCGGAAGGAGUUGGAUCUGGAUGCUCCAGUCUCCUCGGAGGUCUCCCUCGAGAAGGAGGCGGACAAAAAGAAGUUGGAGGGGGAAGCGGAAGGGGACCAGAGGGUCGAGGCAGUGCCGGUGAGGCUGAAUGAGGAGGCUGUUGCUGCUGCUGCUGAGUAG